UAGCGACGCUUUAAUAGAAGCAGAAAAUUUAGGUGGAGCUUGAGCUUGGACCCGUGCACCCAAUUAUAUGGGCCCGGACUAUUCUCGGAACCAUAUAUUAGGUAGUCCGAGCCUCCGAGGUGAGUGUGGCUUGUGCGGUACUUAGGUACUUGGAAAGUAUAUCAAUCACCUGGCAAUUUGCUCUCUUCAGCCACGCCGCAUUCAUCAAAUCAGAUAAGCUUGGAAGAGUCAAAGCUGUCCCAAGCUACAGAGAAUGACUUGAUAUUUCAAGAAGCGGGCAUAUAGGAGAGAGGCUUUAUGCCACAUAUAAGCUAUCAUGGAAGGUCUCUUCGCGCUCGGCUCCAACGGAUCCGGUCAGCUCGGCAUAGGUCACCAAGAGGACGUAUCAGUCCCGAAGCAAGUCGAGUUCGCGGGCUCAGCCCCUGAGGACCCCGUUGUAACGAUUGCAGCAGGGGGAAACCACACGAUUAUAGUUACGGAACUAGGGAAGGCUUUCUGGGCUGGCGAUCCUUCGAGCGGCGCCUGCGGGAUCGUGGAAAAUGCCACGAAUGCGAAAGCAUCCAAGUUUCAUGAACUGGUCCUCUCAACUCCUGAAAGUCACGGCACCGUCGUUCACGUUGCCUGUACAUGGGACUCGUCUGUCUUGGUGCUUAGAGGUGACAGUGGCAAAGCUACAAGCGUGUACGUAUGCGGGGUCCCUGACGUAGGGGCUGCCAACAUAAGUUCGGGAUCCGCUCUAAGUCCAACCCUGCUCAAGGACUUCCCUCCCGCCGGGACAGAGAUUCAAAACCUGGCUGCCGGCUUCAGACAUGUGGUUGCUGUAUUGGACAACGGAGAUGUCUACGGUUGGGGCAACGGGCGAAAAGGCCAGUUGGGGGAGUUAUGUAACGAAGCUGAUUCAAAAGGCGUAGUAUACCAUCCGCGGAAACUUAGCGGGAUUUCUUUCAAGGUGGCUAAGGCCGUCUGUUGUCAAUACACGACUUGUCUUAUCAGUGAGCCCGGGGAUGGCCGAAUACUUGUCCUGGGAGCAGAUAAAUGGGAAUUGAAAAGCGUCGCCCCCGUUGAGAUACCCAAUUGGAGUACGAUUCGUGCAAGCUGGGGAGGUAUUUACGUUUUACGGCGAAAUGGCACUAUAACUGCGUGGGGUCGAAAUGAUCACGGACAACUGCCACCUCCGGGACUUCCAAAAUUAGAGAGCAUCGUUGCUGGCAGCGAGCAUAUUCUAGCUGUGACUGAGGGCGGUGACGUAUUAUCAUGGGGUUGGGGAGAGCAUGGAAAUUGUGGACCGCAAACCGAGAAAUUCGGGGAUGUUAAGGGACGAUGGAACGUGCUUGCGUCGUUGAAGCAUUUACCGGAGGGAUCUCAAAUUACGACGAUCGGAGCCGGGUGUGCUACAAGUUGGAUCAAUAUCACAACAGAUGGAAUGUUUCUCUAGGCUACUAACUUCCGUGGUUAGACUUCUGGUACAACUCCGUACCUAUAUAGCCAGAGCUCAAACAUCACGUAUCUAGCCACGACGAAUAUGAAUAGGGGU